AUGCUUACCCAUCGCGCUGGCAGCGUAUUAAAUAUCCUGGUUAACGAAUACAUUAGCACCGCCAACCCUGUGGCGUCGGAAGAGAUUGCCCGGCUUUCACCUACCAAGGUGAGUCCGGCCACGGUCCGUAACGCCAUGUCCCUUCUUACCGAGGAGGGCUAUAUCUCCAGGCCCCAUGUGUCUGCCGGCGCGGUCCCGUCAGACCGGGGAUACCGUUACUACGUGGAAGCCCUGGAAGAGGUGCCGCCACUGCCCGACAGUGUGCAGCAGCAAAUUCACCAGCACUUUGACCAUGCCGAUGCCGAUCUUGCCGAACUGAGCCGCCGCUGCGCUCUCAUUCUGUCGCGCAUCGCCACCAACAUGGCAAUUGUCACGGUGCCGCAGUCCCGCUCGUCUCGGCUCAAGCACAUCCAGCUGGUUUACCUGGAUGAGGCCACCGCCCUGUUGAUAAUAGUCCUCCAGGAGGCCCGCCUGCUUCGGCGCCUGCUGCCCCUGGAAGAACCCACCGAUCAGGACUCGCUGACCCAGGUAGCCAACUUCCUUAACGACCGCUUCAGUGGCCAUAAUCGCGCCGAGAUAGCGGCUUCCCAAGGCGAACUUGGCCCCCUGGAAGAGCGGGUCAGGCAGAGCGCCCUGUCCCUGCUGCAGGAGGCUGAAACUUACUCCAUACCCGAACACUACGUUGACGGCCUGCGCUGGUUGCUCAACCAGCCGGAGAUGUCCCAGGGCAGCCAGGCCCGGGAACUGGUGGAACUGCUGGAGGAACAGGUUCUGCUGGGCAGCGUCUUGUCGGAGCAGCCCGAUACGGGGGAUAUCGCCGUAUUCAUCGGCGGGGAAAACUCGGACGAGCACCUGCGCCCCUUUGGCGUCAUCCUGUGCCAGUACGGGAUACCCCAGCAGGCCAGCGGCACUAUCUGCGUCAUUGGCCCCACCCGCAUGAGCUACGCCGACACCAUUAGCGGCGUAGGCUUUCUCUCUUCCCUGAUGAGCCGUCUGGUGCUGGAACUCUACGGCGGCCGCGCCGGCAGCGGGUGAGGGGUGUGCCCAAUAA